CUUUGUUUCCUGUAAUAAAUAUGAGAGGUCGCUUUGUUGUCACUUUUCUUUGGGAUUUAAUAUGUGCCAUUUCUUAUGCUGUUUUACGGGUAGGAUAAGGAAACAACAAAAAGGUGUGACAAGAGCUUGGCGGACAACUGUGGAUUUCUGCGAGUAACUCCUACACCGUCCAAAGGGGAUGAGGGGGGCAUCGGCCGGACCCCCCUCUUGAUUGAUCACUUAUUAGUCAUCCCUUUGGCUUAAUGGGAACCCAUUGAAAAGGCAACGUGGAACACACACAUGAAUCAAAUAUUCCUGUGUCCCCUGAAUGUCUCCAGAGUAGUUUUGCUUAAGAGAGGGGGUCGUGGCUUAGCAUUAUAAAGAGGGAAAAACAGCAUAGCUUUAUGGGUUUAUUUAGACAGUUUCUACGCUUUGACAUUCUACGGCUGUAAAAAGACAGAAGGAAAAACUCGAGAGGAUUCCAAAGAGACACUGUGGACAUAUUUUUUUCUAGGUAUUCCGUUUUUUAAUUUUUUUUGUUUUAAUUUUUUUUUCUUUAAUUUUUUAAUAUUUUUUUCCUCUCCCGAAAAAUGAAACUUUGGACAUCUCCCUGGGUGUCUUGCCUGGUGAUUCUCAUCUUGUGUUUUGGAUCAGAGUGCGGGACAGUCCGUAGAAAGGGGAGAUCCAAGAGGGAGUUAGUGCGCAUUAGGGAGGCGAAAGCCACCAUCCCAGGGGCUUGUGCCACACGUCUGCCCCGGGGCAAACGCUCUUUGCCCGGCUUGGAGCGACGGGUGCUCCGGCAGCGUCGGCGCUCCUCUCUGGCGGAGGAAAACUCUCCAGACCGGGGGAAAGCGGUCUACUUUACCGGCAGAGGGGACCAGCUGCGGCUGAAGCCCGGCGUGGAGAUACCCCGAGGAAAUUUCACUCUGGAGAUGUGGAUCAAGCCGGAGGGAGGUCAACGAUCACCCACAGUGAUUGCAGGUAGGACAGUCUAAAUAUCCUCCAUGAAAUUGUCAACAAAACUCCUUUUAACAGAGUUUCUCCAGAGCCAGUUAAAUGAAACAAAAACAUGCACACGUGAAAUAAUGCAUCCCUGUGUCAUUAAGUCAAAUCAAAGAAAGCAACAUGCAGUUUCAGCGAGUUGAAAAUGAGUUCAUCUAUCAGACUAGACAAUGAU